AGCCUCCUGAGUAGCUGGAACUACAGGCGCCCGCCAACAUGCCCGGCUAAAUUUUUGUAUUUUUAGUAGAGACGGGGUUUCACCAUGUUAGCCAGGAUGGUCUCUAUCUCCUGACCUCGUGAUCCGCCCGCCUCGGCCACCGCGCCCGGCCGAAAAUCUGAAUAUUUUAAUGGAAAAUUGGGAGUGAGAUUCGGGAAUUACUUGACACCAACAAUGAUGGGUGGUGCCAGGAGAAAGCCAGGGUGGGAACGGCCCAGGCGAGAUGCUGGACCCUCCAGGUGCCGCCGCUCACAAGGACCCCCGACUCCUAGCGCACCCUUCCCUGGGCUUGGACGUUCCGCCGGGCUAGCGGCUACCUGGAGAAGGCGGUGGAAACGGUAGAGCCCGCGGCUCUGAUUGGCUACCUCAGAGCAAGGGGCGGGGCGGCGGAGGACCCGAAGGGCGCGAGAGCGGAACACUGCGUACGCGCACUUCCGGUCUUUGUGGCUUGCAGCUCGGGGUGGGCGGCUCAUUUCCUGGCCGCUCCUGGGCUUCGCGGAAAGAAGAGAUUACUCACACUCCUUCUCAAGCACAGAACCAGUUGUACUGAGCUUUUUGCUAAGCUGUUUCAGCCAAGAAUGGCUGUGGAAUCUGGAGUGAUUUCAACCCUGAUACCUCAGGAUCCUCCGGAACAAGAACUAAUACUAGUGAAAGUAGAAGAUAACUUUUCCUGGGAUGAGAAAUUUAAGCAGAAUGGGAGUACUCAAUCCUGCCAAGAAUUGUUUCGUCAGCAAUUCAGAAAGUUUUGCUACCAGGAGACACCUGGGCCCCGGGAGGCUCUGAGCCGACUCCAGGAACUUUGCUAUCAGUGGCUAAUGCCAGAGUUGCACACAAAGGAGCAGAUCUUAGAACUGCUGGUACUGGAGCAGUUCCUGAGCAUUCUGCCUGAGGAGCUGCAGAUCUGGGUUCAGCAACAUAAUCCAGAAAGCGGCGAGGAAGCUGUGACCCUGUUGGAGGAUUUAGAGAGGGAGUUUGAUGACCCAGGGCAGCAGGUGGGAACAGAGAAAAGUGAUGUGGGAAAAGGAAUUUACAGCCUGGAGCAUGUAAUGGUCCCAGCUAGUCCACAGGGACCAGCAGUGCCAUGGAAGGAUUUAACAUGUCUCAGAGCAUCCCAAGAGUCAACAGACAUCCACCUCCAGCCCUUAAAGACACAGCUGAAAUCCUGGAAACCAUGCCUUUCCCCUAAAAGUGAUUGUGAGAACAGUGAAACAGCAACAAAAGAGGGCAUCUCAGAAGAAAAAUCACAGGGACUCCCUCAGGAACCUUCAUUUCGAGGAAUUAGUGAGCAUGAAAGCAAUUUAGUGUGGAAGCAAGGAAGUGCUACAGGGGAGAAACUAAGAUCUCCUUCCCAAGGGGGCAGUUUUAGUCAAGUGAUCUUCACAAACAAAUCUCUAGGAAAGAGAGACCUUUAUGAUGAGGCUGAAAGAUGCUUGAUUCUAACUACAGACUCUAUAAUGUGUCAGAAAGUUCCUCCAGAAGAGAGACCUUAUAGAUGUGAUGUAUGUGGGCACAGCUUCAAGCAGCAUUCCUCUCUAACACAACAUCAGAGAAUCCAUACUGGAGAAAAGCCCUAUAAAUGUAACCAGUGUGGGAAGGCCUUUAGUUUGAGGUCCUAUCUUAUUAUUCAUCAGAGAAUUCAUAGUGGUGAGAAAGCAUAUGAAUGUAGUGAAUGUGGGAAAGCUUUCAAUCAGAGCUCAGCCCUCAUUAGACAUCGGAAAAUCCAUACUGGUGAGAAAGCUUGUAAAUGUAAUGAGUGUGGCAAAGCAUUCAGUCAAAGUUCAUAUCUCAUUAUACAUCAAAGAAUUCACACUGGUGAGAAACCUUAUGAGUGUAAUGAAUGUGGGAAAACCUUUAGCCAGAGCUCAAAACUCAUUAGACAUCAGCGAAUUCACACAGGAGAGAGACCCUAUGAAUGUAAUGAAUGUGGAAAAGCUUUCAGGCAGAGCUCAGAGCUGAUUACUCAUCAGAGAAUACAUAGUGGAGAGAAACCCUAUGAAUGUAAUGAAUGUGGAAAAGCUUUCAGUUUGAGCUCAAACCUUAUCAGACAUCAGAGAAUUCAUAGUGGAGAGGAACCUUAUCAGUGUAAUGAAUGUGGCAAAACUUUCAAAAGGAGCUCAGCCCUUGUUCAGCAUCAGAGAAUUCAUUCUGGGGAUGAAGCUUAUAUAUGUAAUGAAUGUGGGAAGGCUUUCAGGCACAGAUCAGUCCUUAUGCGCCAUCAAAGAGUCCACACUAUAAAGUAAUUUGUGAAUACUGUGAAUAGUGUAAAUACUUCAGUCAGAUUUUUAUGUUUGUUAGUCAAAAGAGUUUACUUUGGAGCAAAACUCCAUAAAAGUUAUAAAAUACUAGAUCUUGAGUCUAGCUUGCUUUGUGCAGCAUUUCCCAGUGCUAAUGUAAAGUGUCCCUUGAAAGCUUUUCCUGUGACUAAUCAGAACAGAAUACAGAAGAAUCAUUACUUCCAGCUCUUAUUAGGAAUACUCAGGAAAUACGAAAAGUGGGAAUGUAACAUUGAAACCUCAUUUUGUAUGAAAGUGUCAUGAAUAUAGCAACCCAGGCUCUGUCACUGCAUCUGAUUGUUAGUGUGCCAGGUUAUGGGGCUGGUGUGGACUGUGUGAGGCACUUUGUCUCAGGAACUAAAAAAACAAAAAAAACUGACCCAAUAAAGAACAGUGACAGAGCAGCAGGAAAGGUGGGGAAAUGGCUUCAUCAAUGAUUUGUUGAGCCCAGGGCAGGCCAGGAAUUAGAUAGGCGUGAGAAGAAAGAAUAUAAUUUACCCAAAGGUUAUUUUUUGAGUACCUACUUUGUCCCAGGAACUAGGAAUACAGGGGAAACAAGACUGUAAUCUCUACAGUCUAAUGGGCAAGGCAGCCAAACAGGCAGUGAAAGUGGAAUGCUCCUAUGUGACCUUAAGGAGCACCUGACUCAGCCUUGAAUAAGGAAAUGGGGGAAAUGGCCUGAAGGAUGAGGAGGAGUUAGCCAAGGUGGUACUCCAGGGAAGUGGUACCCCAGUAAAGAACAGUAGCCAAAGGCCAGAAACAAAGUGUGGAGCAUUCCUUGAGUUCCUGUUGUAGUGAGGUCUUGUCUGUCAGAGAAGUCUGGGUCUGGCCAGACUCUUAAGCAGUGCCAAUGGAGAAGUUCCUGUUAAUAGACAAAACCUGGAGCCCUUGGGCCACAGGGUAGUCAAGAGCUUUGUCUUGGUUUAUGUGACCCCAGGGAAAGGGCAAAUAUGUGGUUUCCUUGCCCAACCUGUAGGCUAUCCUAGAACUUCCAUGAGGGUGGUGGUGGGAAUGAGGGUGAGAAAGAGCCCAGCCUAUACCUCAAGAGUCUGUUAGAGUGUUAAGACUCUAUUCUCCUUUGAUUCUAAAGACAGUAUCAGAGCUGCUGUCAGGUUUCUUAAAGUUCCCAAUGCUCUGGAUCAGAAGCUGCCAUAUCAUUUGUUUCUGGGGCUAUACGCCCACAAUUCCUAGUACAUUCCCUUGGGCUUUGGUGCUCAAAAAAUAUUUGUCAGUUGCUGGGUCUGUGGCAUUCUAUGGGCACCUCGCACAUGUUCAGUUUUGUCUCAUGUCACCAGUAUUUCACAAUAUCUUUGGCAAUUUUUUUUUUUUUUUUGAGAUGGAGUUCGCUCUUGUUGUCCAGGCUGGAGUGCAAUGGCAUGAUCUUGGCUCACCGCAAACUCUGCCUCCCGGGUUCAAGCGAUUCUCCUGCCUCAGCCUCCUGAGUAGCUGGGAUUACAGGCAUGCACCACCACAGCUGGCUAAUUUUGUAUUUUUAGGAAAGACAGGGUUUCUCCAUGUUGGUCAGGCUGGUCUCGAAUUCCCGAUUUCAGGUGAUCCGCCCGCCUCGGCCUCCCAAAGUGCUGGGAUUACAGGCGUGAGCCAUGGCGCCCAGCCAUCUUUUGCAAAUUUUAUUAAAGACAAUGCUAAAAGGAAGUGACAACUGAAACUAAUGGUCACAGUCAGUCGAGACUUCCCUUUUCUGAGGGGCCUAGCAGGAAGAGAAUAUUUAGACUGAUGCUUAGUGUAAGAUGGAAUGUUGUACAGGUUAACCAGCAACACAAAGACAUAUUCAAAAGACCUAAUAGGUCGGAAGAAUAACACACCACACCAAAAACAAAUCUGUAUGGAAAUCUAGAAUCACGUGCAUAGAAAAAGAAUUUUCAUGAGGAUAAAAAGAAGCAAAGAGAAGUAAUGCUCUUAUUGGGGCGUACAUCAGUGGACAUGUGCUAACCAGUAAGAACAGCAGGAGGCCUAAAUGCCCAUGUUUAGGGAGAGAAUAUGGAAAAAAUGGAUGGGAUUAUUUGGAAAAGAUAUAAGAUAUUAAAAUACGUGGUAAGAGCUACUCAACUCUUGUUUUCCUCCUUUUCCAUAGAUAAAGACCUGAACAAACUGAAAAGGUAGGAUGUAAAGUAGGAAUUGUAAAAUGGAAAUACUCUUUAUAUAAGAAAGCUCUACUGUAUGUCAGAAAGCAAUGUAAUAGAUAGACCAAGCACAGUGGCUCACACCUAUAAUGCCAGCACUUUGGGAGGCCAAGGCUGGAGGAUUGCUUGAGUCUAGGAGUUCAAGCCGAGCCUGGGCAGCAUAGUGAGACUCCAUCUCUAUAAAAAAUAAACAGAAUUUGCCAGACAUGGUAGUGCAUGCCUGUAGACCCAAGUAUUUGAGAGGCUGAGGUGAGAGGUUCGCUUGAGCCCGGGAGGUCGAGGCUUCAGUGAGGCAAGAUCACACCACUGCACUCCAGCCUGGGAGAGCAAGACCCUGUCUCCAAACCAAAAAAAAAAAAGGAAAAAAGUAAAUGUAAUA